AUGUUGGACCGAAAGGGCAAAAGUCGAUGCGAAUGAUAUGUUUAACGUUUGUAUUCCUGUGAUUGAAUAAGGGAAUGUUUUAGAUAUGAUCCUUAUUUUGUAAACAGCAGCUUAUAACUCACGCAAAAGAAUUUUCUGUAAGAAAUUCUUUGUAAGACGAAUAAUUUUACACAUCGUGUGAAUACAAUAUACAUGUAUUGUAUAUAAAGUUUGAAAGGGAUCCGACGCAUUCCCCAAAAACCCAGCAGUAUCGUUAACACUUUUUUUCCUCUCUUCCUGGAGCGCCAGUUUUCAUGUAAGAUGGUCCAACUAAUUAGUCGAUAGAGGGUGUUUCUUCCGCCCGCGGAAGCGAAGACAAGGCUCUGUUAAAUUAAGAGAGUCUUGUCGCGUUUUUGUCGAUCAUUAAUUCAUUUUAUAGCAAAGGCGACAGUGCAAAGCUCUUACAAUAUUUGUCGUGCUAUGGAAAAGAUAUCUUCAGAUUUUCUGUAACGUAAAUUUGGCCUUUCUGUGCCUGCAGGGAGAAUCUGACCGACAGUGACGUCUCACCACCGUGUCUCCCAUGUCCUAACGUUUAGGCUUUCCUUGUUAAAUGUGGCAAGAAUAUUCACCUAAUAGAGCCAUUUAGACAAGACACUGGAUUAAGUGCGGAAUCCACUAAUAUUUAUUGUAUAUAAAAGCUUUUUAACCCGUCCAUUAGCCGAUAAAGUGACGUUUUAAUUGUGCGUAUUAUCGAGGAGAGAGCAGCGUCGUUUUUACUGUAAAAGUUUAAUAGCAUGAUGGGGAUGCUGUUUUGAUAUAAUCACCUUUAAACCACGGGAGAAAUUUGACAAGUAUAGAUCGGUGCAUAUCGUCAGAACUGAAAAUAACCACUAGUCAGGACGAACUCCAAAAGACAUCCAUCAUCAGCCGAUAAUUAAACACAACUUCACUUUCAGAACAGUACUCCGUGCAUUCAGUUGAAAAUGAAAGAAAGUGUACUUAACAACAAACACUAAUUGACUCUUCAUUUUCUCAAAGAGGCUAAGAUUAUAUCGAAACAAAGCAGGAAUAAGUAUCUGUGCAGAUUCACGCUUUGUAUGAAAUCGAGAUAUGAGAGCUGUCCGCAUAAUCAAUAGACAACCCGGUUUUUACUUUUGUCACCGCAAUCAACGGACAAUGGACAAUUAUUCACCAAACCUUGUGGAGCGUCGGCCCAGACAAUUUAUCCAGUGCUUUCUUUGAUGUGAACAGGACUAUUUGUUCCAAAGAGGAACGAACUCGCAUGACGUUUGCUGCAGUUAAGCCUAAGCAAAAUAUCGUCAUCAUCUCAGAGGAAAAUAUAUGCCACAAUUUAAUAUUUGUAGGUAAGAAGCAUUUACAUUUUCAAGUUUUUACUGAAGUCUUGAAUGAUUUUUUUACGAGAAACUUAAGGACUCUUUGUGAUUCCGUGAGCUGUGUGAACAACUUUUAAACAGUCCCGGAAAUAAACCACUGUGCUGUAAUGGGUUUCCAGUAAUAGAUACUAAGUAAGUAAAAUGAAUUCAACAAAGUUUGAAAUUUCAAAUAACAUUUCUCUCAUGGAUGAAAACAAUCAUACUGAUUAUGGAAGAAAACCAGAAAUGCUGGAAAUUCUGCAGCCAGGACAAUUAUACUUAGUGCCUAUCAAUGGAAUAGUUUCGAUAAUUUUUAUACUUGUCACCAUUGUAACAAAUAUAUUGGUGAUGCUAGUUUUGCUUCGGAGACACAUGCGGUCGCCGACUAACAUCAUAUUAUCGGCAAUGGCUCUGGCUGAUAUGCUUACCGGUUUCUUUCCGUUACCUUCAUAUUUCUACUUUUACACCCUACGAAAUUAUGAGGAACAUCCGCCAUUUGAUUGGUGUUAUCUUUACAAACUCUUAUCCGAAUACCUGCCGAUGAUUUUCCACACAGCCUCUAUAUGGUUGACUGUAUUUUUGGCCAUUUUAAGAUACAUCUACGUAUGCCAUACAGACAUGGCUCGGAAAUUUUGCACGCUUCCAAAUGUCAUCAAAGCGACUGUGGGUAUCUUUGUUGUAGCAGCUUUGACGCAGAUAACACGUUUCGUGGAGACGCAAUAUAUUCCACACACGCUGCCCUCAAAGCGAGAUCCCAACACAACAAUAACAACAUGUUUGGUUCCAUACCGCCAAUUUGUCGUACAAGAUAUGAAUUUGUACUUCAAUUUGAUUUUUGGAUUUAGAGUCAUCUUUAUUCACUUUAUACCGUGCAGUCUUCUACUGAUUCUGAAUGCUCUUCUGAUUCGAACAAUGCGCCAAGCUCAGCUCAGACGUCGGCUUUUGUUGCGACAAAACAAGAAAAGCGAAUCCAAGAAGCUCGCCGACAGUAACUGCACUACGUUGAUGCUUGUUGCAGUCCUAGGAUUAUUUCUCCUCGUUGAGCUGCCUCUCGGUGUGAUUAUGAUUUUAUUUAGCAUACAAAAUACGCUAGACAUAAUCAUUAUGGACAAUAGCACAUUUAUAUUAUUAACAAACAUUUCUAAUACUAGCAUACUCGUGUCUUACCCACUUAACUUUCUGAUUUAUUGUGCAAUGAGUCGACAGUUUAGAGAAACUUUUACAAGAAUGUUUUCUUGCAAACCUAUGCCUUUACAACGCGAGACGUCACAUUAUACGGCUGUGCCGCAAGAAAACGGAAAAACGCACAAAGAGAACCAUACAACAGUCGUAGAGAUUCCCGAAAUCAAGAAACCCGAAUAAAAUGCUCUCCGUCCGAGAAUCGUUGGUUUUUGAGACGAAGUGUAAAAUAAAUGAAUAUGGUUAUAGAAUUCUAUCAUUACAUUGCGCAAAUGCAAAUGUAUAUAACGUGUUUUAACUAUAUGAACAACAAAUGUUUGUUUGUAGUAAGACAAAGAAAGAAAUAUAUAAAGCUGUGUUGUUUGUAGAAAAUUGUCAAUCAGUAAACAGUGAAUUCUUUUUUAUUGUUUACAUGUAAGUUGCAAAUAUUAUGAGUUAGAGUUUACAGGAGCUGUAUAUAUUUUAUGUUGAUUGCAUAAUAAAUACAAAUCUCUGA